AGUGUACGCGUGCUCGCUCGACGGUCUUUUCGCGGCACGCUGCAGAGUAAAAUCGGCCUCGAGCACGCAUGCGAGUACAUACGGCGCGCACGCGAUGAUUCGUGAAAAGUGGAAAGACCAGCAGCAGCAGCAGCAUACCACUCAUCGAGCGAUGACCGAUCGGACAAAGACAGUCAGCCGAGCGCCGUCUUAGCAGCUGCGAGAUCUACUUAUCCAUGUGUAGACAGGGACACGGCCAGGGGCCACCACGAGUCAAGUCUAUACAGUACAGCUGCAGCAGCAUCGAAGAGACGUCGAGGACCGAUGAGAUCGGCGGGCAAUGAGCGACUUUUAUGACAGAGGAUCGAACGGAAAAACGCCGCAGCCGAGGCCAAGGGACGACGCCUUAUCUGUCAGUGGACGCCUUUUUCCUUUUAUCAAAACCGCGCGGCUCUCCGGGCCCUUUGACGCAUUGACGAUAGCGUCCCGAGAGGAUCAUGACCUGCUGGAGGAAAACGAGGGCGCAGGGCGAAGCGGAGCGUCCCGAGAUCGUGGACGACGACCUCGAGACUGUGGAGCAGCGACGACAGCGUUACAGGAGCAUCUACGUUAUUUACUUCACGAUGUUUCUCAUGUCGCUGGGAUUUAGCAUCAUCUUGACCGGAGUCUGGCCGUACUUACAAAAGUUGGACAAGUCGGCGGGCAAGGAAUUCAUGGGCUACGUGGUGGCGGCGAACCCACUGGGUCAGAUGCUGUUCUCGCCACUGGUCGGCUGGUGGGGCAAUCGCCGGGGCUCGGUCAGGCUGCCUCUGCUCAUGACCCUCGGCCUCUUCACCUUCGCCUCGGCCAUGUACAGCGCCCUCGAGGUCCUGCCCGGCGACCACAAGCUCGUCAUGAUCGUCUCGAGGUUCUUCGUCGGUGUCAGCUCUGCCAACAUCGCGGUGGCGCGCUCGUAUCUGUCCGCCGCCACGAAGCUCGACGAGAGGACGCAGGCUGUCUCCAUGGUCUCCCUGGCUCAGGUGCUUGGUUUCGUUGUAGGACCGGGUCUGCAAACGGCCGUAACUCCUUUAGGGGACGACGGCUUCAUCUUAAUGGGGCUCCCGAUGAAUAUGUACACGGCGGCCGGCUGGAUCAACGUACUUAUGGGAAUACUCAAUUUCUGCCUUUUUCUGCCCUGCUGCUUCAAGGAGCACAAGAUCGCCGCGAGGGAGGCAAUGCGAGAUCAGGGAAAAGCAUCCGAGAAGGAGACGUGGAAAGCCAUGAAACCGGAUUACCUGGCGGCCUGGACCUUGAUAUGGGCCUUCUUUGUCUUGGUCUUCAACUUCGUGCUGCUAGAAACACUCGGGACAUCGCUGACGAUGGAUCAAUUCGCCUGGGACAGGAAGCAAUCGGUGUUUUACAUGGGAAUCCUAAUGAGCGUCGGCGCCGUGGUCGCCUGUGUUACCUUUGUCCUGAUAGGACCGCUCUGUAAAAGGUUCCAGGAGCGACGAGUUAUGCUCUGGGGCGGCUUUUUCUUCAUGGUAAUCGGACGAGUCAUUAGCAUUCCAAUGGGGACUGAUCCGCCGCUCAUCGCUGAACUUGGACUUUUCGGAAACGAGACCCUGGAUCCGCUGACGGGGCAGCAGAAGCUGGGCUGUCCGAGCUAUCAGGAGUGGUGUCGCUACACGCCCCGGAUGACGAUCACGCAGUUCAUAUGCGGCUACGCGUUCACGACGAUCGGCUACCCCCUCGGCGUCACCCUCAUCCAGACGAUCUUCAGCAAGGUGCUGGGACCCCGGCCGCAGGGCCUCUGGAUGGGCCUGAUGACCGGAGCGGGCUGCUUCUCCCGGGUCUUGGGUCCGGUCUUCGUCGGUGUGAUCUACACGCGGCUCGGCAUCUACGAGACCUUCGGCCUCACCGGGCUCACGCUCAUCGUGUCGAUGGUCUGGCUGGGCAUCGUCGACAAGCGGCUGGUACCGCCCGGCGCUGCCGCUGGCCAGCCCCUGCGGGCCGAUGGCAGGGACGAUAGCGACAAGCGGCAGGACGUCGAGCUGCCGCUCGUGCCGAUGCCGGCAAGGCCUGCGACGCCCAUCGAACGCCAGCAGCAACAGCGGGAGAUAGCGAUGGUACAAUAGACAAGGAGGCCGUUUGACCGAUGCCGCGUUCGCGCUCGAGGCCUCGGCGCCGGCACGCAGAUUCUCUACGCUUCUGUUUUUACGAGCUGAGCGGGAUUUUACUUUCACGGGAUGCAGAGGAUUCCUGGGAGAGAAAGAGAGAAGGAAGACGUGGGAAAAUUACGAGAUCCGAGCCCUCCGCCUGCUGCCUUCCCUCGUACGCUCCUUGACGAAGAAAACUUUUACGCAUCGCACGACUUUUUUUAUAAGUCGCGUAUAAAAAGGACGACUGAUACGUUCGAUAAGUUUAUCGAUGUAACGCGACGAGGUCGGAUUUUGUCCCGAUGUUCAAUUUAGUGUUUUACACGGCGUUCGCUACGCUCGCAGGAACGCACGUAGAGGUGCCUACAGGAUAUACGCUGAAACGUACAAAGUCUUGCAAUUUUUCAAUUACAUAAUACUGUCUUGAGGUCUAAUGAUAUAUAUUUUUUAAUAUCGUCGAUUGUUAAUACCUAUACAUAUAUUGUAACAACGUUGCUCACAUUUUUACAAGACGUUUGUAACGAGAGCCUAAUCUACAGAGAUUUCUGUCUAAGCACUUUAUACGUAUAUUUUUAUAGAAUUUGUACUUAGAUAAGGGUUUUAAGAUUAAUCAUAGGUGAAUAGUAGCAAACGAAUUAGCAAAUUUUUUUUAUACAUACAUAUGUAAAUAAAGAUGCGCCGCAUUCAACGCACAGUAGACUCUCGGCAUAGAAUAAUCACUAGUACAAAUGCGUUUAUACUGGUUGAAAUAUCGAUUGCAUAGCAGUAUACGUCUACUUACAAUUGUGCCUCUUGAUUGUUAAAAAUAAGCGCAAAAUGUUGAAGCAACGAAUUCGCGUUAACUAAUUUGAACAUACGCAAAGCACCUGCGGUAAUGAUAAUGAUAUUUCUGGUUUGACUUAUGGCGUUCUGGAUCAUUUAUAACACGUGCAGAGAGUAUUUGAAAGGAAUAAUGGAUCAGUUAUGAUUGAAACCAAAUCCGCUCGACGUCCGCGCUCUGGCCAAUUAAUCUAGAGUAAUAACGUGUUUCGAGAAAGAGAGAGAGAGAGAGAGAGAGAGAGAGAGAGAGAGAGAAACGCUAGCGCGCUACAAAUUCGAUCAAGUCCAGGUCGUAUAUGAAAUAAUUGAUCGCUCUAGAAGUUGUAUAACUGGCCAAACGAAAUCCGACAUACAGAUGCGGCGCGUCUCUAACGAUCGAGAGGGAAAAUUCGAAAAUACACACAGUUGUUAACGCAACGGUAACGCAUAGGCACGAGGCGUCGCUUCCUGCAUCCUCGCCGAAGGUAUUACGCGAUCGUUUCGCUCGCCGGAGUUCCGAACGCAUACCUCAGCGCUGACUGUAAAAUUACAAUAAUAACUUGCCUCUCUGCGCCUCUCUGCGCGAUACGUACGAUUCCCUGCUCUUUCUCAGGCUGCGCGUAUUGAAAAAUUUGAAGGAGAAAAAACAAGAUCCGAGCGGCGUCGGAGUGAAAACGAUCGCUCUCGCGGAAUGUGAACACACGUGAAACACUUUCCGCGCGCGAUCUUUAGCCGUAGCAUUCCCAUGAGAAAGAGAAAGAGAGAGAGAGAGAGAGAGAGAGAGAGAGAGAGUAGCGCGACUUACCGUUAGGCUGAUUACGCGCUGGAUAAGAUUGCCGCGCGAGAAGAAGAAGCGGCAGCAGCGGCAGAAGCAUUUGAGGAGGAGAGUAUAAGCCAUAUCUCCUAGGAGCGAAGAGCUUUAGCAGGUCGCGAGAGCGGCCCCGCGAUGAUCGAUCGAAGCCAUAACUCCAGCGUCAUCGAGAGCUUGGCUGCUGCAGGGGCCGAUAUGUUAACGGAUCGACCGCGAGCGCGCUUCUUCGGCUUUACGCGUCGAGUGCGUGCGCGCCUUGAGAAAAAUCUCCGGCGAAAAUUUCAGGCCUGCAACUAGCGAUACUUUAUGGGACUCGUGCCUCUCGAUGCAUAAAUCCGAGUUGCCGGCCUGGCUUCUGCUGACUCCGCGGCCUCGCGCGUGUAUGUUCGCUGCGGAGAUCGAGAUCGAGAGAGAGAGAGAGAGAGAGAGAGAGAGAGAGAGAGAGAGAGAGAGAGAGAGAGAGAGAGAGAGAGAAAGAGAGAGAGACUGGCAUCGCGAGCUCCGAGGAUUUUCUUUUAUUACGGAGAGCUCGCCGCACUGCCUUGGGCUUCACCUGUGUGACAGCCUACUCCAGAAAUUUUUCAUAGAAUCAUCUCGUAUUUUCAGACGAUCGAUUAUUAAAAGACUCGAUUUUCAAGACUCUCUUUUCGCCCGCAACGGCUGACUUUUCUGCGAAUCGUUACGAGGCUUCGUUAUUAUUAUGCGAUUGACGAUUGAUAUCCCGAAGUACAUCAUUGUCUACCGGAGUACCUAUAUCGUGCGGGUUCUAUUUUCAUCAAGAACCCGCGCACGUCUAAUAAAUCGAAGCACUCCGUCUUGAUCAUGAACUGAUUGUACGUGUCAGAGAUUUUUUAAAACGCGAGAUAUCCGUUAGAACCUCUACACUAAAAUUAUUUCCUAUUGCUAUUCUAGACUUUGUUUCGGAAAACCUUUACUUCGGACAGGGAUAACAUUAUACCUUUUCUCAGCGAAAUGGUAUAAAAAUUAUCCAUACUCUCCAAUCAACCAUAUCUAUUUCAAACGUUUAACUAAAAAGCACGAACUGACAGUUUAAACAUUGGAAUAGAAGUUUUCAUUUAUUUCAAAGUAUUAGUUUGCGAAUCGAAAUGAAAUUGAAUCUGAUAUUUUAAAGUAUAUUGUGUGUGUAUAUAUAUAUAUAUAUAUCGAGAAAUCGAUCUCAUCGGGAAGCGCUGCACGGGUAGGUAGAAAGGAUAUAUACAACUGUGCACUGAGUCAUAUAGUGUAUUUCUUCAAGUUUCUUGCAGUAAAUUUGAAGAUAUCUGCCACGCGAAUGAAACGAGUACUGUGUAUAACAUUGAAAUUUCAUUAUCGACGUGAAAGUUUAAGUGCUUCGCGAUACUGCGCGGAAAACUUUUAUUUUAUGGUCAGGGUGUAACAGUUUUUUUGUUAGAGCCCGCUCUGCGUAUGUUUUUUGUAAUCGAGGAUCUACUGCACUGGAGCCAUAAUUAUGUUGAAAUUCUUGAAAAAGGCGAGUUAUGUUUUGUUGAUUGUAUGUACGCUUAUACUGUGAUCGUUGAACAAAGGUUAUAGAUUUAUAUUUGUUACUAGAAAGGUGAUAAUAUAAUGUACAAUUGUUUUUGGAAAUGAUUCGAAACAACUCAUAAUUUAAGAGUGAUGUAUGAAAGUUUUAUGUAUACAUUUUUACCUACUUUUGUGAACAUUCCUCUUUGAAGAUCAUGUUAUGCAAAUGACUAUGCGACAAAUACUCUAUACUGUAAUUGCAUAGCUAUGGUAAGCAAGACUACAACUGACAGGUCUUAGUUAAUAAAUGUACUAAUUAUGUUAAUUACUUAAGUUGCCUCUACUGUUUGCAUGUUGAAAAAUCUUAUUUUCUCCGGCAAUAAUUAUUUUACUAUAAUAAAAAAAUGUCAAAAAUUAAAUAUGUAUCCCCAAUCUACACAUCUAUAUACUCGACUUUCUUUAUUCAUGGAUGUUACUUCUUUAGUAAUUCGAUGUUUUCCAAGUUUUCUAAAACGUCUAUGCACAGCGAUUUGUAAUGUAAUAUCUUACGAGUUAAAAAUGAUAUUGGUAUAGCUUACCUGAUAGAAAUACAAUCUCCUCGCUACCUUUGAUAAAACACUCGACUGAUGAGUUUCUCGAAAAGUGCCUUAAGCUCGGUUUCUGAUUACGCCGUGUUUUUCAUUUCAAAUUGAAGAUGAUUUGUCAGCGUAAGUACACUCUCGAGAAUCCGCCUGGGACAUACACGUUGCCUAACUGUUUCUCUGAUAUUUCAUAAUGUUUACCUUACGCAAUCGGCAAUUUGAAUGCAACAAGUUUUGUCAACGCAGGACAUACAUGCGUUUAUUUGCAAAAUCGACACGAGUAAAUGUUUUUGUUGCCAGAAUAAUUAUGCAUCUAGAGAUAAGUAGCGAACUGUCAAAAAGCCAGAGCUUUCUAAUAAAAAAUGGUUUCGCAAUAAACAUUAAAAAUAAAACUAA